ACCGCAAAGUUCAAACGCUGUCCGGGCCAGGACUCAGUCCGGUCAAGGCUAUCAGAAUCACUCGUGUUACACUAGCUGAUUUGGCAAGAACGUAGUACAUUGUCACCGAUGCCUCCCCGAAGGUCUUCACGUUCGACUCGUGCAUCCGCUGAGCCUGCGCCAGCUGUGGUACCUACAUCCAGUGGUUCCAAACGCAAACGCGGCGUACCGUCAAGAGCAUCCCGGAGUACGCGUGCAUCCGCUCGAGGAGGGAAUUUGCGGGAGGUUGAGGAGGAAGAAGGUGAAGAGGAAGAAGGGCGCGAGGAGGACCAGGCAACUGAGGAAAGUGAGGCACCCAGGGCGCGUAAGAAGUCGCGAAAUUCUACAGAGAAAGACGAAGAGGAUGAGGAGGAAGUCGUGAGGGAGGAGGAAGAUGAAGAACCACCGAAGAAGCCUGGACGGGGAAAGAGAGGUAAAGCAGUCGCGGAAGUGAAGGAGGAGGAGGAAGAGGUGAAACCAGCGUCCAGAUCACGUCGGACAUCUGCCAAGCCCCCUUCCUCGAGAGCAACUACGCGCGCAAGUCGGAAACCUGUGCAACUUGAGAGUGACGUCGAAGAAGUUAUCCCUCCCUCGGAAGACGACUCGGAUGACGAUGUUCUUCCUGUCCCAAAGGGUCGAAAGCAAACUGCUGGGAAGUCCCAAUCCAGACGUGGCCGACCUCGUCAAUCGUCUGGAAAUGCACCCAGUGAUCAGGAGGAGCCCACUGCUCAACAGUCAAAUGCCGAUGAUGCAGGCGAUGCAUCAACUCCUCGACCACGGAAUUCUUUCCCCAGUACUCACACCCGGAAGCUCUCGCACUCGGCAUCUCGUGGUUAUGAUGGCGACGAUUUGGAUGGAUUUGACCAGACGUUUAAAGGAUCGCCGAUGCGUUCUAGACGACAGGACGCGAAGGGCAAUCCUCCAAGUCAAUCAACCAAGCGUGCCGCACUAGCCAUACAAAUAUCCCCCGCCGAGGAGCCCAGCGGACCAAGGUCCCGCUUGGUGAUCCACAAGAUGGCGUUGGUUAACUUCAAGAGUUACGCAGGCCGUCAGGAAAUCGGGCCCUUCCACAAGUCUUUUUCUGCAAUCGUAGGUCCGAACGGUUCGGGCAAGUCGAACACCAUCGAUGCUCUGUUGUUCGUGUUUGGAUACCGUGCAUCAAAGAUGCGACAAGGUAAACUCUCAGAGCUGAUUCAUAACUCGGCGCGAUAUCCGGACCUUGAUGAGUGUAGCGUGGAAGUUCACUUCCGUGAUAUCAUUGAUUUGCCUGGACCGGAUGCAUACAAAGUUGUGCCAGAUUCCAACCUUGUCGUGGCACGGAUUGCAAACAAAAACAACCAAAGCAAGUAUACCAUCAACGGCCGUCAUAGUAGCUUCACAGAAGUGCAAGCGCUGCUGAAGGGGCGCGGGAUUGAUCUUGACCACAAGCGGUUCCUUAUCCUUCAGGGGGAAGUCGAAUCCAUUGCACAGAUGAAACCCAAAGCACAGAACGAGCAUGAGGAUGGAUUACUCGAAUACCUCGAAGACAUCAUUGGUACAUCAGCAUACAAAGCCCCAAUCGAAGAAGCUCUCGCGGCUAUGGAAGCUCUUUCGGAGGAUCGUGCAGAGAAACUGAAUCGCCUACGCAUUGUAGAGCGCGAGAAGAGUGCGCUGGAAGCACAGAGGCGCGAGGCUCUCGAUUAUCUGCGUUUAUACAACGACUCGGUUCGCGCAAAAAGUCGACUGUGGCAAUGGUAUCUGUGGAAAUGUCUAGACAACGAAGAGAAAUAUAAUGAGCAGAUUGAACGGAUCGAAAAGGAGCUCGCGACUGAACGGGAGCAAAAUAAAGGUGACAUAGAGCAUCUGAACAUGCUCGAACAGCACUUCGUCGACCGACAGAAGGCGUAUGAGGAAGUCAAAGCUGCUGCCGAAGAAGCCAUCAAGGAUCAAACUGCCCAUGAAAAGCAGGUUGUUAGUUUGGAGGAGCGGCGGAAACAUACGAGUACAAAGGCCAAGAAGUUGAAGAAGUCUUUGCAAGAUGACGAGCAUGCUCAAACUGAGGCUCAACGGACCAUCAAAGAAUACAAGACGCAGGUAUUCCACGACCAAAUUGAAAUCAAGCAGAAAGAACUGCAACCAUGGACCGCCAAGAUCAAUGCAAAGAAAGCUAGCAUCGACGUGGCUACGAGCGAGCGGGAGGCUCUACUCAAGAAGGUUACCGGUCUCAAGGACGCAGUUAAAGAUGCGGAGGCUGACCUAGAGACUAAGCGAGCGAAUCUGGAGGAGAAGGCUGCCAUGCAGGGCGAGCUACAGGCUCAUGCCAAGACGUUCAGGGAUGCACAAGCUCGUGUGCAAGAACUACGAUCUAAGGCGAAUUCCCUUCGUCAAAGAACGGAUGAUGCGAGAGCAUCGCAAGCAGCUAACACAUCCCAGAACCGAGUACUUGAUCAUCUUACUCGACUUAAGCAAACAGGACGCAUCGACGGUUUUCACGGACGACUAGGUAGCCUCGGAACUAUCCCUGACAAAUACGAUGUUGCGGUGUCCACGGCGUGCGGUGCCCUCCAUAACAUGGUCGUAGAUACCGUCGAGCAAGGUCAAGCAUGCAUCAAUUCCCUGCGCACACAGAACGUGGGACGGGCAUCAUUCAUGGUGCUUGAAAAGCUCGCUACAGACAAGGUGAACCGAAAGGAUAUCCACGCCCGAGAAUGUACCGCGUCUGUUCGACUUGAUCACACCCAAGGAACCCAAGUUUACCCCGGCGUUCUACAAAGCUGUCGGAACACGCUUGUUGCGAAUGACCUCGACCAGGCGAACAGGAUAGCGUUUGGUGGUGCGAAGCGCUGGCGCGUGGUCACACUUGCUGGUCAACUUAUAGAUGCCUCGGGUACAAUGUCCGGUGGAGGAACCCACGUUGCACGCGGUGGAAUGAGCUCGAAGCUUGCCCCAGAAACAGUGAGGCCGGAGGUGCUGCGUGCCUGGGAACAAGAGAGUGAAGAAGCCGCGCGUAGCCUGGAAGAAGCACAGAAGGACCUACGUUCGCUAGAAGCAGAGGCGGAGCGGUUGACGCAGGCUGGGCCGAAACUUGAUAUGGACAUCGAGAAGUCGUCGCUCGAUAUCAAGAAUGGUCGCAAGCGUGUCGAAGAAGCGGAGCAACGUGUUCGUGAUCUGAACCCUGACGCACGGGACGUGGCACGCAUCGAUGCGCUGGAGAGGGAAAUUAGCUCGAGUACCAAGGAAUUCGAACAGCUGCAGGCAAAGUCUGGAACUAUCGAGUCAGCCAUCAAAGACCUCGAGAAGAAAAUCCUCGAAAUUGGAGGCUCAAGACUUCUGAAACAAAAGUCGACGGUCGAUGGGAUCAAGCUGCACAUCAACCUUGCCAACGACGAGAUUACGAAAGCUGAGGUUGCGAAAGCAAAAGCUGAGAAGGAUGAACUAGACGAACUGACCCAGCAGCUCGCUGAGGUCGCUGAGUAUUUAACAGAACUCAAGUCCAAGGAACAUUCGAAGGAUGAUCUAGAGGACCUUAAGACUCAGCUGGAGACGAAACGGGAAGAAAUAAAAAAGUUUAGGGAGAAGGAGAUGGAAUUGAAUCAGAGUCUGAAUGACGUCAAGAAGGAAGCUGCAGCUAACGAAGAAGCGCUCAAUCACUGGCAAACCGAGCACGAUAAACUUAAAAUCGAAGAGAUUGAUGACGAUGAUGAGGACGACGAAGAGGCAGAAGCCGACGCCGAAGGUCAAGAAACUGCGGCAGCCGAAAAUGCGGAACCGAAGGAACCUCAAGUAAAGGAUGAACCUGAGGAACACGCACCACCACCUCCGAAGAAAUCGCGGCAACGGCAAUCUUCCACAGAGCUGCAUAUUUACAGUUCCCCCGAACUAGCCCAGUUCAGGAGGCGUGACCUGGUUGCAGACUCCGAGUACCUAGACGAAAAAAUAAAGAAUGCAAAGCCAAACCUCGGAGUGCUGAAAGACUACAAGAAGCGCGAAGAGGAGUUCAUGAGACGUGCCAAGGAUCUUGAGCAGAUCACGGAAGCUCGUGACGCGCAAAAGCUUAAGUACGAUACUCUUCGGAAACAGCGUCUGGACGAAUUCAUGGCUGGCUUCAAUUUGAUCUCGCUUAAACUGAAAGAGAUGUAUCAGAUGAUUACACUGGGUGGCAAUGCCGAGCUUGAGCUGGUGGAUAGUAUGGACCCCUUCUCGGAAGGCAUUAUAUUUAGUGUUAUGCCCCCUAAAAAGAGUUGGAAAAACAUCUCAAAUCUCUCGGGUGGCGAGAAGACACUGAGUUCUUUGGCACUCGUAUUCGCUCUGCACGUAUUCAAACCAACCCCGUUGUAUUUCAUGGACGAGAUUGAUGCUGCCCUCGACUUCCGGAAUGUGUCGAUCGUUGCCAAUUAUAUCAAAGACCGGACGAAGAACGCUCAGUUUAUCAUCAUCUCACUGCGGAACGACAUGUUCGAGCUGAGCCAUCGUCUGAUCGGAAUCUACAAGACUGCAAACGCAACACAAAGUAUCGCCAUAGACAACCAAGCUCUUACUGUCGUCCGGCCGCCAAUGGCAGCCGCAUGAAGUUACUUACUUCUCCUUCAUUGCUUCCCUAUUUACAUAGUCCAGACUGCAUGUAGUGUCGUGAUUCCCUGUACACCUAAGAAAUGUCGUG